UUUCUUUUAUGUUUUGUUAUAAGAACACAGUGACAAAAAACAUCGCGUUCAUAUCAUAAGAAUUAAAACGAAAACAAAGAUGUUCAAGAUUUUCAGCUGUGUGAUACUUCUUGGUUUCCUCUGCCAAAUAGGUACAGGUCUGUUUACCGCAAGAAAACCAACCAAUUUGGCUCCUAAGAACGGUACUAAUGUUGUUUUUGGCACAGUGGUCGUCAAUGAUGGAGACCGGUACAAUAGCACAUCCGGUGUAUUUACGGCUGCGAGAGGGGGCGAUUAUUUGUUUACGGGAGCGUUGUGUCCGCAGAGAGCUAAAGGAUUCUACUUUGGUAUCACACAAAACGGAGUUGAACAGACGCGCGCCUCAUUUACAGAGACCGACGGGCAUGUCUGUCACACAUUUACAGCGAUUCUUAGGCUCAAACGCCAUGACAAGGUCGCCUUAAGAUCUGAAAAUGAUGCAAACUUAUUAAAUGAAGAUGCAGCACGCUGGAAUAUGUUCUAUGGUGUCAAAGUAUAGAUGAAUCAAUGUUAGACGGUACGGAACUGCAAUGUAAAAAAUCAUAAUAUAACUACUGAAUACCAUGUCAAAAAAAAUAAAAGAGUUGUGUAACUUGAAGUUCAAAAAGAUGAUCAAUAGAUUUUAACAUUUCAAAACUACUCGCGAUUUUAUCAAGAAUUUAUAGCCAAUUAAAUCAAGAUAUCGGUUACAGCUAAUACACGAUAUUAUUACAUACUGUGAUAGCAAUUUGUUUGCAAUACCAAUAAAUUUCGGUUGUUUUUUAAAGAUGCACUUUUAAUCCCAAAUAAGAUUUACCGCAAUUAAUACCUUUGUUUUAAUAUUUCUUAAAGGAUGAAUAAAUGUCGAAAACAAUGGUUCUUAUAAAGGAUACCGAGUUUGAUUUAAAAGAUAUGAGCAUAAAACACGGUAUUCCUACCUAUAAGACCUAUAUAGUAGAACACAGUAAAUCUUUUAACAUUCACCAAUCAUUUAAUAUUUUUUCACCUUCUGCUAUCAAAUACACGAUCACAAUCUUGUUAUCAGUCAUUAAUAUUUUCCAUAAAUGCAUUAUUUAGUUAGUAGUUAAAACUGAGGUUUGUUAUACAUGUGUAUGUAUUGAUUUUGAAUAAUAGUGUCGUUUUAAUAUUUUUCACCUGAAACUCUGAACACUGUUUGCCCUGAACUUAGCUUGAAGUUUCCUCGCUAUGAGGUAUAAAUUGGAAAAAUACACUCUCAAGCAAGAGAACAUGUACCCUUUAAAACUGGUACAUAUCAUGCAUUAAACUGUACCUUGUUUCAUGUAGCUUUGCAAAUGACCUAUGCCUGAUAUGUACCAGUUUUAAAGGGCACGUGUAUACAAACAGAGUUACUUAACAGCGUUCAGAAUCUUCGCCUAAUCGGUUGUUUCCGCAAAAUGAUUGCAGCUGAAAAUUAAAAAAGCGAAACAUUGCUGCAGAAAUGUGCAGUGUUUUUUGACGUGUGUAGGGUAAGCAAUGUAUUUUUUCUUAUAAUUGCCAUCACACCUUAUAAUUUCAUAUCCAGUAUGUGUAUUUUAGUAAAUAGUACCUUAAUGAAAUUGAUACAAAAUGAA